GUAAGCGCUCAAUAAGUAUGAUGGAAUGAGUGAAUGAAUGAGGAGGAAGAGGAGGAGGGGGGAUGGAGAAUCACUGGUUCUGAUACUUGCCUAGCUGGGAGCACUCAGUUAGUGGAAAGAGAGCUAUAAGGUGGGUGUUCUCUGAAAGUCAUAGCCUGGCUCUCAAACACCUGCAGCUUGUUCUAAAACAGUAAAUCCAGAAGUAAACUGAUAUUUUGAGAUUUGUUAUUUUCACCCAUUUCUACCUGUGGAAGCCUUCCCUAAUUUUAAACCAAGUUCCUCAUAACAACUGCGAAAGCCAAACUGAAGUCCUUUUACAGCCUCACUUUACAGAGAAACUGAAUCCCUGGGAGGUUACAAAACAUUGAAUCCUUUUCUUCCAAUUGCUCCCAGGCUCAGAGAAUGGUUUUUAAGCGACUGGGUGGUUCUUCCCUAAGUGGUGGAAUCCUUGGCGUUUAAUCACUGUCUCAUUCCGCCCCAUAUUGUUGGGAGGAGCCUUUGAGGAGAGCAGCAGAUCAAAGACUAUCCCCAACAGUAUUGUGUUUCAUUUCUGUCAGCUAAAAAGUGAUGAAACGGGGGUGGGUUCUCUGGCAAUAAAGCAACGGUUUUACCAUUUUGUUCCUGCAAUCCUAAAUGGUAUCAUUGCGCCUUUCUGGACUUUUGGCAAUGGAAUUUCAUCAGCCCGAUGUUCUCCGAGCCUGGGAGCAUUUGGCAGAAAAGGAAUCAACGUUGAUUUACCCCAAACCACAAGUUCUACAUCCUCCGAGAAAUGACGUCCUGGUAAUUACUCCCUGGCUUGCUCCAGUUGUCUGGGAAGGGACUUUUAACAUUGAUAUCAUAAAUGAGCAAUUCAGGCAAAGGAACAUCACCGUGGGACUGACAGUGUUUGCCAUCAAAAAGUAUGUGGUCUUCCUGAAGUUGUUCCUGGAAACCGCAGAGAAGCACUUCAUGGUGGGGCACAAGGUGAAUUAUUACGUCUACACGGACCGACCAGCUGACGUCCCCGCCGUCCCCCUCCGGGAAGGAAGGAAGAUGGUGGUGCUGGAAGUCCAGAACUACGCCCGUUGGCAGGACGUCUCCAUGCACCGCAUGGAGAUGAUCAGCUACUUCGCCCAGCAACGCUUCCACCGGGAAGUAGACUAUCUCGUGUGUGCUGACGUAGAUAUGAAGUUCAGCGACCACGUCGGGGUGGAGAUUCUGAGCCCUCUGUUCGGCACUCUCCACCCGGGCUUCUACGGGGCCGAACGGAGAUCCUUCACCUACGAGCGGCGGCCCUUGUCUCAAGCCUACAUUCCCCCGGACGAGGGGGACUUCUACUACAUGGGGGCCUUUUUUGGAGGGACAGUGAGCGAGGUGUACAAGCUCACCAAGGAGUGUCACCAAGCCAUGAUGAUGGACAAGAGCAAUCGCAUUGAAGCAGUUUGGCACGAUGAGAGUCACCUAAACAAAUAUCUGCUUUACCAUAAACCAACCAAAGUUCUUUCUCCAGAAUACAUGUGGGAUGAGCAACUUCUGGGAAGGCCGGCCAUCCUUCAGAAAUUGAGGUAUGUGGCCGUGCCUAAGAACCAUGCCGAAAUUCGAAACAGAUGAGAACCUUCCUUUGGAAAGGAUUGGUGAAAGAUUGCGGUGAUGGACAUUUAAGGCUUUCCCCUGGUUUCCUUUUUAUUGUCUUGGUGAUCAGUUGAAAGGGAGGAAUGUAACCUCCUGCUUAUUCAGAAGACAGUUUGAACUAAUGUGGAAAAAAUAGUUUGUAUUCACUUCUAGCUAGUUCACUCAUUUAAAAAAAAAAGUCACUUAGACUGCUUGUUUACAGACUGUGUGAAUAGACUGUUCCACUUUUAAAUUGAUCACCCCAAAUAUUCUCCUGCCAAAGAGUUCGGUUUCAGGGUAUUUGGAAUAUUUAAAAUUGGGUUCUUCCUUGCUAAAUACAAACAGGAGAAUAGAACCCAAGGCUGUCUCUUUGCUGCUUUUCAUGUUUGGUUAUCUGAACAAAAAACAGGGAAUAAACGAAACCAAAGUGAAGCUUU